UCCUCCCCCUUUAUUUUCUUUUUUCUUUCCCUCCCCUUUUUCUUCUUGCAAAAUUGCUGCUGGUGGGAUAAGCCAGGAAGAAAAUGCCGCAACUAAAUGGCGGUGGAGGGGACGAUUUGGGGGCGAAUGACGAACUGAUCUCUUUUAAAGACGAAGGGGAGCAAGAAGAGAAGAUCUCGGAGAACUCCUCGGCAGAGAGGGAUUUAGCCGAUGUCAAGUCGUCUCUAGUCAAUGAAUCAGAAACGAAUCAAAACAGCUCCUCAGACUCGGAGGCGGAGAGGCGGCCUCCGCCUAGGUCCGAAAGUUUCAGAGAUAAAUCCAGAGAAAGUUUAGAGGAAGCUGCGAAAAGGCAAGAUGGAGGGCUGUUUAAGGGCCCACCGUACCCUGGGUAUCCCUUUAUAAUGAUCCCCGACCUGACCGGCCCAUACCUCCCCAAUGGCUCACUCUCGCCCACGGCAAGAACGUACCUCCAGAUGAAAUGGCCACUGCUUGAUGUUCAGGCAGGGAGCCUACAGAGUAGGCAAGCCCUCAAGGAUGCUAGGUCUCCAUCUCCAGCACAUAUUGUUUCUAACAAAGUCCCAGUUGUGCAGCACCCACACCAUGUACAUCCUCUUACGCCGCUUAUUACAUACAGCAAUGAACACUUCACACCAGGCAAUCCUCCUCCACAUUUACCAGCCGACGUAGAUCCGAAAACAGGAAUUCCACGGCCUCCGCACCCUCCAGAUAUAUCUCCUUAUUAUCCGCUAUCACCGGGCACUGUAGGGCAAAUCCCCCAUCCGCUAGGAUGGUUAGUACCACAGCAAGGUCAACCAGUCUAUCCAAUCACAACAGGGGGGUUUCGGCAUCCCUACCCAACCGCUCUGACUGUCAAUGCAUCUAUGUCAAGCUUUCUCUCCUCUAGGUUCCCUCCACAUAUGGUCCCUCCACAUCAUAGUUUACAUACAACUGGGAUCCCUCAUCCAGCCAUAGUCACCCCAACAGUCAAACAAGAAUCUUCCCAGAAUGACGUUGGCUCACUCCACAGCUCAAAACAUCAAGACUCCAAAAAAGAAGAGGAGAAAAAGAAGCCACACAUAAAGAAACCUCUCAAUGCAUUUAUGUUGUAUAUGAAGGAAAUGAGAGCAAAAGUUGUAGCAGAAUGCACAUUGAAAGAGAGCGCAGCCAUCAAUCAAAUCCUUGGUCGGAGGUGGCAUGCAUUAUCAAGAGAAGAACAAGCAAAAUAUUAUGAACUAGCCAGAAAGGAACGACAGCUCCACAUGCAACUUUACCCCGGCUGGUCCGCACGGGAUAACUAUGUAGGUGGCUAUGGCAAGAAGAAGAAGAGGAAAAGGGACAAACAGCCAGGAGAGACCAAUGAACACAGCGAAUGUUUCCUAAAUCCUUGCCUUUCACUUCCUCCGAUUACAGACCUGAGCGCUCCUAAGAAAUGCCGAGCGCGCUUUGGCCUUGAUCAACAGAAUAACUGGUGCGGUCCCUGCAGGAGAAAAAAAAAGUGCGUUCGCUACAUACAAGGUGAAGGCAGCUGCGUCAGCCCACCCUCUUCAGAUGGAAGCCUACUAGACUCUCCUCCGUCUUCUCCUAAUAUGCUAGCCUCCCCCACAAGAGACUCAAAACCACAGACUGAACAAACCCAACCUCUCUCACUCUCAUUGAAACCCGACUCACUGGUGCACCUCUCAAUGAUGCCGCCCCCACCGUCCUCCAUAGUCCUGACGGAAAACUCCACUAGCAAAUCCAGCAGUCUGCCUGCUAGUACUUGUCAGAACGGGGGAUUAGACCAUCAGUCUGCCACUUUACAGCAGUCAGCAGCAUCCUCUUCUUUGUUAGUGCAACCAUCAACAUCCUCCUUGCAUUCCCAUAAUUCUUUGGCUGGGACACAGCCACAGCCACUGUCACUUGUAACCAAGUCUUUAGAAUAGCUUUAGCCUCUUGUAGCCCUUUUAUUAAUUUUUUUCUGUA